AUGAAGUUCCUUGGGACAUACAAAAGCAAGUCCUGGGAGCCAGCCUCGAAUCUCAUCUAUGCUUGCCAGUCUACUAACCACGGACACAGGUAUUUCUCGCAGAGAUAUUCCAUCUUCUCUUGGUACGACCAGGGCAUUUGUAUGACGGAUGAUGCCUGGUUUGGCGUCACGCCCGAACCUGUUGCAAAGUACGGUUGGUUGAAUUUGAGCUUGAUCGAGCGAGGUGCUGACAUUUCACGUCCCAUCUUUAGCCAAGUUGCGAAGGACAUGUACGAUUCAGAUGCCAAAAAGACGGUUCUGAUUGACAUGUUUGCCGGCGCUGGGGGAAACACUAUUGCAUUCGCCUUGUCUGGUCGAUGGAGCCAGAUUAUCGCAGUUGAGAAGGAUGCAUCUACCCUGGCGUGCGCCCAGAACAAUGCAGAUGUGUAUGGCGUCGAGCGACCUUGCAUCACGUGGGUUCACGGAGACAGUUUGGAAUUUCUGGAUCUUCUGGUGAACCGGCCAGAGGAACUCCAUCCCGAUCUCAGAGUUGACUUGGCAGCCACCGUUGUCUUUGCCAGUCCGCCUUGGGGAGGCGUAGGAUACAGCGGCGACCAGAUUUUCGACUUGUAUACUAUGCAGCCGUAUGAUCUCCGUCAACUCCACAACGCUUGUUCUCCAAUGGAUCACGCACUCUAUCUUCCCAGGUCAAGCGACAUUCGGCAGAUAGCAAAGCUUACUCCCGAAGGAGAAAAGAUAGAGGUCGUCCAGUACUGUAUGGAGGGGGCGAGCAAAGCCAUGGUGGCCUACAUUCCAGCAAAGAAUAUUCCGGAGAAGAACUAG